CGUAGGGUGCAUUUAGAAGAUGCGCCUGAUGAGGAACGCUUGAAUUGAUAUGGAUGGAUUUUUGAUAUUUGCAUUAUUUUAGAUAAAACAUAUAAUAUACUGGUUUCGAUUAUUAUUAGCAAAGGAAAUUAAGGCUCUGCAUACAAAAAUGUGUUUACUUACUGAACAGAAAUUUCGAGGUCAAAACUGUUUAUGGUUCAUGAAUGACAUUCACACAAAAGCGUCGACAUUGCUGAGUCAAGACUGUACAAUAUCUAUCAUUGUAUCACGUUUUUAAGACCAAAACAGGUUUAAGAUGCGAUUAAGGGCAGUCCUUGGAACGAGCUUUGGGUCGUUCAAUGUCCUAGUUGGGGGUAGAGGUGUGCUGAAGAAUGGAACACAGACAUGCAGGGGGAAAUUACAAGGAAGAAGAUGGUACAGCUUUUUACCAGAUGAUGUCAAGUCACCACGAUCUGUGGUCAAUCCAGAUAUAUCUAAAAUCCGGAACAUUGGCAUCAUGGCACACAUUGAUGCAGGGAAGACCACCACCACUGAGAGAAUGCUGUAUUAUUCUGGCUACACCCGGGCCUUGGGAGAUGUGGAUGAUGGGGACACAGUGACGGACUUUAUGGUUCAGGAGAGGGAACGGGGAAUCACCAUCCAGUCUGCAGCAGUGACCUUUGACUGGAAACAGCACAGGAUCAACCUCAUAGAUACCCCAGGGCACGUUGACUUUACUCUGGAGGUGGAGCGAGCCCUGCGAGUGUUGGAUGGGGCUGUGGCUGUGUUUGAUGCCUCUGCUGGUGUUGAGGCUCAGACGCUGACUGUGUGGCGGCAGGCACAGAAACAUAAUGUGCCCUGUAUCUGUUUCCUGAACAAGAUGGACAAGCCUGGAGCCAGUUUACAUUUUUCCAUUGAGAGCAUCAAGAAGAAACUGAAAGUGGAACCUGUGCUCAUCCAGAUUCCAAUUGGCAGUGGGAAAAGCUUCACAGGAUUGGUCGACUUGAUUACUAAACAGCAACUGACGUGGCGGGUAAAAUCCAGAGCAGAGGAUGGCCGGGUGUUUGAGACCGAACCCCUUAGCCAGUCAGAUGACCCUAAACUUCUACAGGAGGCCAUGGAGGCCAGGGCAGCACUGAUAGAAAAGGUUGCCGAUCUUGAUGAUGAGUUCGCAGAGCUGUUACUAGCAGAUUACGGGGAAGAUUUUGACGCAGUUCCCCCUGCCAAACUCCAGGAGGCAGUACGGAGGGUGACUCUAGCCCGUAAAGGAGUCCCCGUGCUCUGUGGGAGCUCUCUAAGAAACAAGGGUGUUCAGCCUCUCCUGGACGCCAUCACAGCCUAUCUCCCUGCCCCCAACGAGAGGCACCACGACCUAGUGCGUUGGUACCAGGAUGACCUGUGUGCCCUGGCCUUCAAGGUGCUGCAUGACAAGCAGCGAGGUCCUCUAGUGUUUGUGAGGAUCUACUCCGGGACCAUAAAGCCCCAGUCGGCUAUCUUUAACAUCAGCAGGAACAACAGAGAGCGGGUGAGUCGGCUGCUGCUGCCAUUUGCUGACCAGCAUGUGGAGAUCCCUUGUCUGACCGCUGGCAACAUCGCUCUGUGUGUGGGUCUGAAGCAGACGGCGACGGGGGACACCAUCGUGUCUUCCAAGGCCUCUGCAGCGGCUGCUUCCCGGCGGGCCCACGAGGAGGGCGACAGGAAGGCUAGUGGAGAGCAGGUCAGCCUGGUCCUGGCUGGGGUGGAGGUCCCUGAGCCUGUCUUCUUCUGCUCUAUAGAACCACCCACCAUGGCUAAGCAAGCAGACCUGGAGAACGCACUGACCUGCCUUCAGAGAGAAGACCCUAGUCUGAAGGUCAGGAUUGAUCCCGAUUCUGGACAGACCGUUCUGUGCGGUAUGGGCGAGCUACACAUUGAGAUCCUCCAUGACCGCAUCCGGAGAGAGUACGGCAUUGAGACUCACCUGGGACCUCUACAGGUGGCGUACAGGGAGACCAUUCUCCAAUCAGCGGCCACCACAGAGACACUUGACCGAACGGUUGGGGAGAGGAGGCAUGUUGUGACGGUGACUGUGGCCGUUUACCCCAUCAUGGACCUCUCCUCCCCGCCCGCUUCCUGUGAGGUCACCUACAAGGACGAUUUGAGGGAGCAGUUGUCCCAGGAAAUUAGGGAGGCCGUGGAAAAUGGAGUAAAUAGCUCCUAUCUCCAAGGUCCGUUACUCGGCCACCCAGUCCAGGGUGUGUCCACCGUCGUCCAGAGUGUCAGCAUGGAGCCAGGGACAUCGCCAGCCAUGGUGUCUGCCUGUGUGUCCCGCUGCAUGUUAAAGGCUCUAAGGCAGGCAGGCGGGCAGGUGCUGGAGCCUGUGAUGUCACUGGAGGUGACAGUAGAGGAGGGUCACCUGAGUGCUGUGUUGGGGGACCUGGCUCAGAGACGAGGGGCCAUCCAGGAUAUCCAGAACCGCCUUGACAACAAGGUGCUGCUGGCCACCGUGCCAUUGGCUGAGAUGAUGGGCUACUCCACUGUGUUAAGAACUCUGACUUCUGGAAAUGCUACAUUCUUCCUUCAGCUGGACAGCUAUGAGGCCAUGAACCCCCAGCAUCAGAACGCCCUGGUGAACAAGAUGGCUGGCCUUGCCUGAUGACAACACUUCCUAUUUAUGAUUUGCAGGACUUGUUGCACUUUCAAACCAUUGGGAUUUGACAAAUCUGUGUCUAGUAGUCACAAGAUGCUAGGAUGGGCCUUUUGUACUAAAUUGAGCAAGUCAUUUUAGUGGAAUAUCAACAUCCCAUCUGUAUGAAUGUAAAUGUUAGCCAGGAAAUACUCAGAUGGGUGUUUGCUAUGCAAACAAAAAUCAAGAACAUGGUACUUUGUGGGCAUACAUAAAGUACAUCUGCUAAACAUGUUA